GGAUGUGCCUGGGGGGGAUAGAACACUCACUAAAACGUAUUCAAUCAAUUGUUACUAUAUAUACGUCGAAGAAAUGAUUUUCAUUUGAAUUUCUCCAAGUUAAAGCCAAGUCACAUGGGAAAUUACAUUAGCAUUUUCGAUGGCCGUGAAGGAAAUUGUACACACAUCAAGGUAGAUAUGGUAGGGUGUUUGUUUUUCUCCGAAACUGCCGGCAAAUAACAUCAAGGUGUCAUCAUUCUUGAAUAACAACGAAGAAACAGCAAGAAAGAAAAGAGACUGUCCGUUGUUUAAUGAGUUGUUGCGAAUCGUUUUUGGGUUGUUGUGCAUCAGCCAACGGAUCGCGUAUAAAACGGAUAGCCGAGGCGGAGUAAGAGGCACAGAAGAACUUGUUCUUUGACGAAGACAAGUUGUUCCAGCAUUUCCAUCAUCCAUCAUGGCGAAGAUGUCGUUCGUUUUGAUCGCCUUGUGCGCAUUGGCUUCACUGGCCAUCGCUGAGCCGUACGGUGCUAUGCCUCCACCGGCCAUGUAUCCUCCUCCAGCCAAAUACGAAGCUCCUACACCGGCUCCUACCCCAGCUCCAACCAAGUAUGAAGCUCCUACCCCGGCUCCUACCCCAGCUCCAACCAAGUAUGAAGCUCCUACACCGGCUCCUACCCCAGCCCCAGCAAAAUACGAAGCUCCUACACCGGCUCCUACCCCAGCCCCAGCCAAAUACGAAGCUUAUACACCGGCUCCUACCCCAGCCCCAGCCAAAUACGAAGCAAAGAUGGAAGGGAAACCCAGCAUGAAAAUGGAUUACAAGAAGGCGGAACAACCCCCCAAAAAGAUGGAAUACGGUGGCAAGAGGUACAGGCGAUCCGUCGAGAUGCUGGACAUGGAUCCGGAGCUGUUCGAGGAAGAAACAGCCGACGCCAAACGCAAAUGGUUGUCGAUGAAAGAGCGCGACGCUGCGGCAUCCGCUAAACGCAAAUACUGGACUGAGGAGGACAUGGAUGAACUGAUGCACGCGGCCAUCAAAGGCAAAUGGGGUUCGCCGGAAGACAUGGAUGCCUUUGCAAGUCCCAAACGCAAGUGGGGGCGUGACGAGCAAUUGAUGGAUGCAGCCCUUAAACGAAAAUGGGGGUCGCCGGAAGACAUGGAUGAACUGAUGGAAGACCCUAAACGUAAAGCCUACGGUUAUGGUUACCGUUACACUGAAGCCGAUGAACUGAUGGAUGCCAUCCGGAUGAGAAUGCUUCGUCCAACGUAUCGCAGAGGAGACGGCGGUUGCUACUGGCGCGCUGGAAGGAGGCGUUGCAUGUAACUGUUUCAUGUUCAUUUGUUCAUUUCGUUUGUUUUUUGGGGGGAAACAUUGAUUUGUAACGCAUCCGGCUCUUGGAUAUCGAUAACAUUCUAUUAUUGGAUGUACAACUUCAUUGGUUAACGUCUUAUUAUCGUCAACAUUGUUGUUUCGUUCGAUUCACGAUGAUGAAAUACA